ACCAGCUGAGCGAAAGGGUAGAGGAGACAAGAUGGCGGAGUGAGUGGGCUGCGCUUUGUACAGACGGUGGCGGCCCUCGAAGUUUGUCAAAAACUACCAAAAGGAACUGAAAAGAUAGAAAGGCAACGAGACCAGUGGAGGUGUGAUUAAAAAGCCAACUUGCCUCCAGUACAGAGGAGGACCGGAUAUUUCUUCCGCGGCGGUCUUGUCGACAGCGUUAGCUUGAUGCUAACACCACCCAGCGUUAGAUUCGAAUAGGCUGCUACUUCUGGGGUAGCUGGCUGGCCGUUGUAGGCCGUAGCUUUCGUCGGAUUCAGUUUUGAUGUUUAUACAGUGACACUACAACGGGAUCCGGCGUUGCUCGGAGGGUGAUUUAUUUUAACGCAGAUCCUUAGACGGUAGCCUAUGAGUAAAGGGAACAAUACCUGGGGAAAUAUAUUUGUCCAACUUGUUUGGUCCGAUUGUUGUCGAUAAGAGCCUUGCGAACAGCGGUCCAUCGACGUCAAGUGGACAUUUAGGACCCCGUAUGCUGUGUUGACAAUCGGGACAGACGACCACACAGAAUUUCCUACAGUGAAUCGGGUGGACAUCGUCAUUUGGUGGAUAUUAUGGCGAGCAGCAGUGGCUCCAAAGCCGAGUUCAUAGUCGGUGGGAAAUACAAGCUUGUUAGAAAAAUCGGAUCGGGAUCCUUUGGCGACAUAUAUCUAGCCAUCAACAUCACAAAUGGAGAGGAGGUAGCUGUAAAACUGGAGUCGCAGAAAGCCAGACAUCCUCAGUUGUUAUACGAAAGCAAGCUGUACAAAAUCCUACAAGGUGGUGUCGGGAUCCCACACAUCAGAUGGUAUGGCCAAGAGAAGGACUACAACGUCCUAGUCAUGGACCUGCUUGGACCCAGUUUGGAGGAUCUCUUCAACUUCUGUUCUCGUCGCUUUACCAUGAAGACAGUCCUCAUGCUGGCAGAUCAGAUGAUCAGCAGAAUUGAAUAUGUACACACAAAGAACUUCAUCCACAGAGACAUCAAACCAGACAACUUUCUCAUGGGCAUUGGCCGUCAUUGUAAUAAGUGUUUAGACUCGUCAGUGGGGAAGAGGAAAAGAAGCUUGGCUGUUAGCUCUUCUCAGGACCCAUCUUUCUCAGGAUUAAACCAGUUGUUCCUUAUCGACUUUGGGUUGGCAAAGAAAUACCGAGACAACCGAACACGACAGCACAUCCCUUACAGAGAAGACAAAAACCUGACUGGCACUGCACGUUAUGCCUCCAUCAAUGCUCAUCUGGGCAUUGAACAGAGUCGCCGUGAUGACAUGGAAUCACUAGGCUAUGUGCUGAUGUACUUCAACAGAACCAGUCUGCCAUGGCAGGGAUUAAAGGCUGCCACAAAGAAGCAGAAAUAUGAGAAGAUCUCAGAGAAGAAGAUGUCCACACCUGUUGAGGUCCUCUGUAAGGGAUUCCCAGCAGAAUUUGCCAUGUACCUGAACUACUGCCGUGGCUUGCGUUUUGAGGAGGCUCCCGACUACAUGUACCUGCGCCAACUGUUCCGCAUCCUUUUCAGGACUCUGAACCAUCAGUAUGACUACACAUUUGACUGGACCAUGCUGAAACAGAAAGCUGCCCAACAGGGGGCCUCCUCCGGGGGCCAGGGCCAGCAGGCACAAACCCCCACAGGCAAGCAAACUGACAAACCCAAGCCUAACAUGAAAGGUUUCUGAGUGCUCUCUGCCCAGAGCGGAGCUGCGGAGGCGUUGGUGACCAGGACCAACAAACUCUUCCUGGACAAGCGACAAACAGAAAGUCUGUGUCUCUCCUUCCAUAAUAACUAUCUAUGUAAUGGAAAUGUAUAGAUUUACACACGCCUUUGUCUGCUGUGUUAUCUAUAUAUUCAUAUGUGUAUAUAAAAAUAAAACUCUCCACUCCGAAAGAAAAAGCAGGUUUUAUGGAUGUGGAGGUUGUAGCGCCCCCACCCACCCUCCCCCCAACCCCAGACCUCACACACCCCUCCCCGUCCGUCCCAGCCCUCUGUCUGUUCGUCUGUCCUCCUCUCAGUGUUGACUUUUUUGUAAGGUUUCGUUGGAAAUGCGAGUUAAGACGUUAGUCACCUGACCCUGUUUUUCUCUGCCCGUGGAAACAAUUCAGCAUCUCUCCCCCGUCACUCCUUAAUUAUUUCACUCCCUCCUUUUACCAAGCAAAUGUUUAAACAUGUAAACCUGAAAAACUCUUCUCCCCUUUUCUUUCUGAAAUAAUUGAAUGAUGCAAACCUGGAUGUUAUUUACUAAAAAAAAAGUUUUUUUUUUUCCCUUGUUUUCUUUUUUUGUUUUCCAAUGGUGAUUAGGAGUUUGCCUGUUGACAAUAUAAGCAGCUGAUGGCAUCAGUCAGUGGUAGAAUGAUACUCUGGCGCUCUCCCUCUUUCUUUAGAGCUCUGAAUGAUUAUUAAAUCUGUUGUACAACCUAUGGUCUUCUCCAAAAAUACCAAUAAAAACAUAACAUAA